GCAUUGAAUGUAUUGUCUAUGAUAUGAGUGUUUAUUUGCAUUUCACUCACUAUUACUCGAUUACUGGUAAUUGAAUUGAUUUGCUAUUUGUCUGUCAAUCCUAUUGUGGAUCACAAUUAAGUGUCCAGUGAUGGCAGCGCUUCCCCGAAGAAUCAUUAAAGAGACGCAGAGACUGAUGGCAGAACCAGUUCCCGGCAUAUCUGCCAUUCCCGACGAGAGCAAUGCCCGCUAUUUCCAUGUGGUAGUGGCCGGACCUGAGGAGUCGCCAUUUGAAGGCGGAGUUUUCAAACUGGAGUUGUUUUUGCCCGAAGAGUACCCGAUGUCAGCGCCCAAAGUGCGGUUCAUGACUAAGAUAUAUCACCCAAACAUCGAUAAAUUGGGCAGAAUUUGUUUGGAUAUUCUUAAGGAUAAAUGGAGUCCAGCUCUUCAGAUACGGACUGUAUUGCUAUCAAUUCAAGCCCUGUUGUCGGCUCCCAAUCCGGACGACCCGCUGGCCAAUGAUGUGGCCGAACAGUGGAAGGUUAAUGAGGUGGAGGCUAUCAGAACUGCUCGCGAGUGGACACGACUUUAUGCAAUGAACAGUUACGGUCAAUGAGGACAAGCAUUGAUUAAUCCUCAUGUUUUGUACAUAAAGACU